CUUCUAACCUGCUGCAGAUAAAUCACGUCAACUUUCCGCCAUGGACGAUGAUUACUUCCAUGAACUAACCCUCAGCGAAUUCUGGGGCACAUGCGUCGAGCCCAAUGGCUAUAAACGUGUAUCAUUGUACGAAGUGGCAUGGAUCAUCAGCAGCCUCAAGACAGAAGGCCACAUCAUGCCUAAAGCAGGCCGCUGGAAGCAACUGGUCAAUAGCAAGACUCCUCUCUCCAAGCGAUUUGGUUCCAGGCAGGCGCAAGUGGCAAACAUCGUUGAGGCUGUCGUCGCUGCUGCUGCCGCGAACAUGGGCGGUAAUUUCAUCGGAAACCCGCGACAGUGUCUCUACCAGGGCCGACACAGCGCCGAGCUGCUAUCGGAAAUUCCAUCCGACAUCUACCACUUCGACGCGAUCAGCUACAAGGCCGAGUCGUCCUGCAUGCAUGGUACGCGCUCCGGCUGCGCCCGCCAUACCACGGUACUGUCGACGAGGGACGUCCGCGCGAUCAGCACCGCCGACGUGCUUGCGUCGUGGCAUAUCAUGCUCGAGCCUAGCCCGUGUCCCGAAUUAUACGGUUGCCCCAAGGAAAAGACAUUCAGGGUCGCAAGACAUCUCUUAUCUGCCGAUCUCCGUCGAACAUGCCACUACUCGAUCACGCUCGAAGGCACGACCGCGCGGCUCUGGCGCUACUGCCACUCGUGGGCGAUCUACAGCGAGCCCUUCGACAUCAACAAGAACAAGGAAGAAUUCAUCCAGUGGAUUCUGUUCACCUCGUACGCAAGCGACACUCAACUUGGGCUCGACCCAACGGUGACCCGCGUUGUGGACAAGGACGGCCAGUGGCAAUACCAAUUCGACGUCCUCACAGAGGACAAUAUGGUCCGUACCUAUCAAACCAUCAGGACGCUCUCACCCAAGAGGUACGCCGACUCUCCCUUCGACCGCGCCAUGCACGUCUUCGAGGUGCGGCGUGUCACGACAAAGGGACACGGCGACUCGUUCUCGACGGUCGACACGAGCACGUAUGCGCUGCAAGACUACUGGCGCUCCGAUGUAGAGAGCCGCAAUUCCGAGACGCGCUCGCAGCGCGAGCUGUACGCUGCGCUGAAGGCGCACACGAGCUCUGCGGACGAGUUGCGCGAGGUGUGGGGGCAUUUCAUGGAAUUCUUGGCCGACGGUGUUGUCAAAUGGGAGGACAUGGACGCCUGCGCCCCAGCGCCUGACACACCAGCUGUGCCCUUCAAUUAUGAGGAAGACAAUUUCCCCAGUGAGUCCGAGGAAGCCGACAGUGACAGCGACUCCGAUCAAGGGGAGGCCUCUGGAGACUCAGCCAAAAUUUCGACCAGCGAAUCUUGCGAAGAAGGCUCCGAGUCUGAUCAAGUGGACAACGGUUCUGUCGAGCGCCUGCGCCACCGGACGCUUCAUGCGCACGUCUGUGUCGAUCUAUAUCACGUCGACGAGCCGGCGGUGUUCUUCUUUGCCCUCGACAAGGCUGUUUUCGUGCUCUCUUGGCUGCGUCGAGUCGGGUGGCUGCACCGCGACAUCAGUUCGGGGAAUCUCAUGCUGCGUCGCCUUCUCACUACGUCCACCGACGCGCCCUUGCACGAGAGGUAUCAACUGAAGCUUCACGAUCUCGAGUUCAGUCUGGAGUACUCCAAGACUCCACAACCCGACGACGGCGUGGGAACGAACGACUUUGUGGCGGUCGAGUUGGCCACGCAGAAGUAUAUGUUCGCACGCACCGCUGAGCCAUCCGCACGCCCGAAGACUUGUGCAUCAACAAGACCAUCAGAUCCGCUCGCCCUCAACAUCACUUUCCAUCGCAACUUUUUCCACGAUCUCGAGUCCACAGCCUGGAUGGCUAUGGAGUUCGCCCUGAGCUUCGUACCCCGCCGAAGAAUGCAAUCGGACGAUUGGCCGUCUCUCUGGCAUUACUUGAUCCGCUCGAUGUUUGAUUUGCGCGGCGCGCUCUUCCCAAAAUCGCGCACAGACAGCGAGUUUCGCGUCGAGAUGCUCACCGAGCCUGCGACCAGGCAAGACGUCGCGAGGGUACUACGGAUUUUGUAUGGUCCGGACUCGCCUAUCCCGAAGCUACCGGAUCUCUUUGCCAAGCUGCGCGAGGCGUACGACGGCGUGGAAAACAAGCUCAACGACUCGGAUGUGCCCAUCGGCGACGGUGGCGUGCCGUCAGAACGGCGCCUGCCGGCGUCGCUGUUUGAGGACUACGCGGAGAUCUACGACGUGUUCCGCGCGACGUUCCAGGAGAUCUCGGACUUCUACGCUGCGGACGAGGGAAAGAAGCCGCUGGUCGAGCUGGACAAAUUCGCGGACAAGAUGCUCGACGAGGCAGAUGUGAUGUACUCCGAUGCAGAGUCAUCGCAAGGGCAGCCUGAGGACACCAUGGAGCCAUCGAGGGUGAAGGAUGUGGAACAGUCGCCAAAGUCAGGGGAUGUCGAAGAGUCACCCGAAGCGGAGGAUCCCGAAGCGCCCGCGCAAGAGGGUGAAGCAACGACGAACAAACGCAAAGUGCUCGAUGGCUCGACGAUCAAAAUUCGUCGCCCAAAGCGUGCGCGGAAGUAGCACAGGUGCAUUUACCGCAGGCUUUGGUGAGUAGCGUUAUGAGACGACGAGGCUCGGACAUACGUUCUUGAGAGAUUUUUGAAAGUAGCAGUCAGCUCGUUUCACUGGAUCCCGUUUUGUAUCUUGUCUAUAAUGACCUGAUCGGACAUGCCAUGCGGUCGACAAUUGUUCAGAUG